AUGGAAAUACACGGCGGGAUGAAGCGGGAAAAGAGCACGGUGUGGGGACAAAAUAUUCCUGUCACUACCAGUAUAUAUAUGUAUACCAGCAUUGUGGUGAGAGUUGUCAUAUUAAGGCUUGUUGCUUCACCCCAAGCUGAAGAACUUCCGCGAGAACAAGUCUUCCAACUCUCUCCCUCUCGGCUCUCUAGAAUUCACAAGGAUCAAAAAAAAAGAAUUUCAGAGAUGGAGCAUUUUGGUGAUCAACAAGAGCAAGUCUCCAUUAGCAUGGACCAAAAUGAAAUCCCAAUUUCGGAUUCUGAUGAUGAUUCAUUUUUCUCUUCGGUUUUCGAGGAGUUUGGGAUUUUCAAAAGAAAUGGGUUGACUGUAAUAGAAGAAGGAAAUACUUGUUACAAAGUCAUCAACGGAUGUGUCGCUCAGGGUAUGGGAAAGGACACAAAUGUUGCAGCCAUCCAUAAAAUCCCCUGGUCCGGUCCCAACAAGCGGUUGGAAGCUUUCCGCAUUUCCACAACUGAGAUGGUGGAGAAAUGUGGAGGAAAUGGCAACAUAAAGCACGCGUGGUAUGGGAGAUCAAGGGAUGAAAUAUGUGAAAUCAUAUCCCAUGGGUUCCGAAGAUGCAGACAAUCAAAUACAAAUUCUGAGGAUGGUUGUGGAGUAUAUUUGUAUCCACUCGAGUUCGUAAUGGAUGGGUUAUUGACAUCAAUUGAGGAUGACUAUGGGCUCCGGCAUCUAUUGCUGUGUAAUGUGAUAUUGGGGAGAACGGAAGUAGUUUGGCCUGGUUUCGGAAGGGAUCAAAUUCCUGCAUACAACCCCACUACACCAUGUGUAGAGUUUUCUGUUCUGAUUCCCAAGCUGACAAAUGUCUUACCUUCUUCAAAAAUGGCAUUGAUCCAUAAAUAUCAAAGCGAGUUCCGUGAGCUAGUGGAUGCAUUUAAGGAAAUUGCAAGACUUUCUACUCAUAUCGGCACCUCGUGUUGA